UAUACGUUAUCUCUGAUUUUCUCAUAACUUGAUAAUUUGUUUUAUUAGAAAAAAAAAAAACAAAAAGCUUGCUAAAAUUUGCUUGUUCACUCAAUCUUCUUCUUCUUUGGAUGGGCUAAAUUAUCCUCUGUAAUUCCAUUGAGAAAGAGAGAGAAUUUCGAAAACCCAGAAUUUUAUCUCAAAAUUCAUCCUUUUUCUCUCUCCUUUACAAUGGAUUUCACUACUAAGCUUCACCACCGUUCAUCUUUUCUUACUGGUUCAUCUUCAACCUUAUUAGAUGCUCGCAAAUCCUCCAUUUUACAGCUUCCUUCACCAUUUGCCACCAUUAAAGCUUCAAACUUUAGCAACAAUUCUCUGAAAACUUCAAAACCCAGUUCACAGUCAAACCCUAGGCUUAAGCUCUCUCAAAUUUCGUCAAAAUUAUCUGCCCUAGCUGUUGAAUCAACGGACACAAAUACGCAGAACAGGGAUGAAAUUGAAGCCCUUUUUAGUAAAGAUUCUACUGAUGAAUUUGAUAGAAAAAGGGGAAAUAAUAGACAAUCAAAUUCUGGGGCUUCAAGUGUUUCAUCUGGGGUUAGGUUAGAGAACAUUAGUAAGAGUUAUAAAGGUGUUACAGUGCUGAAAAAUGUGAGUUGGGAAGUGAAGAAAGGGGAGAAAGUAGGGUUGGUUGGGGUAAAUGGGGCAGGAAAAACUACCCAAUUGAGGAUUAUUGCUGGGUUGGAAGAACCUGAUGGUGGGAAUGUGAUUAAGGCUAAGAAUAAUAUGAAGAUUUCAUUUUUGAGUCAAGAAUUCGAGGUUUCGAUGAGUAAGACUGUGAAGGAGGAGUUUAUGAGCGCGUUUAAGGAGGAGAUGGAGGUUGCAGAGAAGAUUGAGAAGGUGCAAAAGGCAAUUGAGGGGUCUGUUGAUGAUUUGGAAUUGAUGGGAAGGUUGUUGGAUGAGCUUGAUUUAUUGCAGAAUAGGGCACAGGCUGUAGACUUAGAUCAGGUGAAUUCUAAGAUCAAUAAGUUGAUGCCUGACCUGGGGUUUUCGCCCGAGGAUUCGGAUAGGUUAGUGGCUUCUUUUAGUGGUGGAUGGCAGAUGAGAAUGUCACUUGGGAAGAUUUUGCUUCAGGAUCCAGAUUUGUUGCUAUUGGAUGAGCCUACUAAUCACCUUGAUCUUGACACCAUUGAGUGGUUUGAGAGAUAUCUUAACCAGUUGGACGUGCCGAUGAUUAUCAUAUCUCAUGAUAGAGCUUUCCUUGACCAGCUUUGUACCAAAAUUGUGGAAACAGAAAUGGGUGUUUCUAGGACAUUUAUAGGAAACUAUUCUGACUAUGUUAUUUCAAAGGCAGCUUGGAUUGAAGCUCAGUUUGCUGCAUGGGAGAAGCAGCAGAAGGAAAUUGAGCAAACAAGGGACAUAAUUAACCGAGUUGGUGCUGGCGUAAGUGCUGGGAGAGGAUCUACUGCAGAGAAGAAAUUAGAAAAGCUUCAAGAUGAGGAUCAAGUUGAGAAGCCUUUCAUAAGGAAGCAAAUGAAGAUUGUAUUUCCUGAACCCGAGCGAAGGAGCGGGAAGUUGGUCUUGACAAUAAAUAACCUGCAAUUUGGUUAUGGCGAUAAUGUAUUAUUUCGCAACGCAAAUCUUACAAUUCAGCGAGGGGAAAAAAUUGCUAUAAUUGGUCCCAAUGGUUGUGGGAAAAGCACUUUGUUAAAAUUAAUUAUGGGUUUGGAGAAACCUACUGCUGGUGAAGUUAUAUUAGGGGAGCACAAUGUCAUCCCUAAUUAUUUUGAGCAGAAUCAGGCUGAAGCACUGGAUUUGAAUAAAACAGUGCUGCAGACAGUGGAUGAAGUUGCAGAGGAUAAGGAACUCGAUGAAAUAAAAGGUCUUUUAGGGCGUCUAAAUUUUAAGUCUGAUAUGCUUGAUAGGAAGGUCUCCCUUCUGAGUGGUGGAGAGAAGGCUCGCUUGGCGUUCUGUAAAUUCAUGGUGAAAAAGUCAACUUUACUGGUUCUCGAUGAACCUACCAAUCACUUAGAUAUACCUACGAAGGAGAUGCUUGAGGAAGCUAUACAAGAAUAUGAAGGCACUGUCAUUACAGUUUCCCAUGAUCGGUAUUUUGUUCGUCAAAUAGUUAACAGAGUGAUUGAGGUGAAGGAUGGAUAUCUACAAGAUUAUGUUGGGGACUACAAUUAUUAUUUAGAGAAGAAUCUCGAUGCAAGACAAAGAGAAUUGGAUCGUGAGGCAGAGCUUGAAGAGAAGAAUUCCAAAGUAAAAGCAAAAUCAAAGAUGUCCAAGGCUGAGAAGGAGGCUCGGAAGAAACAGAAAAUGUUGGCUUUUCAGCAGGCAAAAGCUAAAGCAAAAUCUAAGGGGUUAAAGAACGCGAAGAGAUGGAAUUGAGAUGGUAUCAUCAGUAUUUUUAAUGAAGAUACCCUCAUUGUGAUCACUCUCUUUGUUAAGGGAUUUCAAAAAGGCUGUCAAUCUUGAUCGUGUACAUAGCUUCAAGUUGAUGGUAUAUAUGGUCCUAGGGGUCUUUGUUUUGUGAUUCGAAAAUGGGAAUAUAUAUAACGAAGCGUAAUUUCAGUUUUCUGCAUACUUAGUUUAGAACUUGAGCAAACAAUCUAUAGAUUUUGUAAAUAGCAAUUUGAUAGCCUCUUAAUUAUGUGUUCUUUUUGGAUCCCUCCUUACACUCAAACAAACAUGUGGGUGCUGUCUUUAAUACCAUUGUUUAUGUUGUUGAAAUGCUUUGAUUUGAAGAGCCUAUUCAAAGCAGAUGAAAAUAAUAAACUAAUGAGCUUCUCGUUUGAUACAUUGUUUAUUUAAUUUUUACU